AUGGGAGACCUUUGGCUGUUCCUGCUCCUGCCUCUGUCCUUGGCAGCCUUCCAUGGAGUCAAAGGCUGCUUGGAAUGUGACCCCAGAUUUCUAAAGGAUAUUAAGUCAUUGUUGGCAAAGUUGGUACCCUCGGAAGUCCCUGGCCGAACUGAACUGCUUGACAGGCAGAUUAAAGAGAUGACCAAUUUAAGCUUCAAGGUCUCCCACGGGAACAAGAUGCUUAGGCUGUUAGCUGUUCAAAGGGUUGUCUAUUUGAGAACAUGGCUGAAGGAUGAACUUCAUAAAGUGAGCAAUAAAACAUGGAAAGGUGUCUUUAUCCUUCAAGGCAAGCUUCUUGAUGUUCGCCAAAACCUGGAAUCCAAACUGAAAGAAGUAUUAAAGCACUUCUCUGAAGCUGCUUGUUCUGAAGAUUGCGUCCUGAAUGAAGGUCCUGUCCUGGAUUGUUGGAACUGUCAUCACAUCACCACCCACUGCUUCAAAGGAGAGUAUUGUGGAGAAGAGGAUUCAAGGAAGCAUGAGAAUCGAGAAAUUGGGCUAUUUUUGAUAUUGAUAACAGAAGCUGUAAUAUUGGGAAGUGCUUUGUUACUACUCCAUGUUUGUAUCACUCAUCAGAGGAAAAUGAAGGCAAUACGAAAGUCAUUAGAGAAUUACUUGGAGAAGAAACUUGAAGAAUUAAUGGGGAGGACAGAUAAGAAGAACAAGCAAGAUUUUGGAAUCAGAAAAUAAAUAUAAAACCAUAGACAGGAGAUCUUUCAUGAUUCUCUAAAGUGUUACUCAACUUAGAAAACUGGGAAUUAAGUUCUUUUGUGGUCCUAAAAUCACAGCAUUUUAAAACAAAUAGAACUUAGAGUUUCUCUAGUAAAGAUCUUUAUUCAUAUCCUGAGGCAAUGGAAUCAAUGAGAGGGCAAAUGCUCUACCCAGAGUUGUACAGAAAGUAAUGCUGCCAUGUUGCAAUCAAUGCACACUUAAAAAAGUAAUACACUGUAUGCUUUAAUAAAA